AUGCAGCAACGCCUAUGGAUAGAUAUAAAAGCGGUACUGGACAAAUUUGUGGAACAUAUGGAAGACGAUAUUGUGCAGCACUUUGCAUCUAAUUGUUUAAACAAGGGUUACACAUAUCCGCAAAAGGGAAACAGACCGAUCGUAGCUAACGUGGGCGAUAGAAUUAUGUGCACACUCAUGACAGGAGCAUCAUAUUUCCUGAACGGGUGGAGUUCGAAGUCAGCCAGCUGGGAGGAUCACAGCAGCAACAAAAAAGAGUUGGAGCAAUAUAUAAGGUGUGCUGUAGCAAAUAUAUUUAUGUACAUAUUGAACGAAUCUCCAUGCAAAAGUGACAUGGGUGUAUAUUAUGCAUGGCACACUGUGAAAAAGAUGGAGGCGCAUAUGGGUGGAUUACUUACACAGCGCAAGUGCCGCAAGGGGCUGUUUGCAGAUAUACAAAUCGAGGAAUUCGACAUGCAGACACAGAUUACGACAUGGUCAGAGAACAACAAAAGGUUGACUGACAAAAUUGGAGGCCAGGGUAUAGACAGCACAUGUAGGAAAAGCUUAGCAGAACUUGACGGGGCAACACAGGGUAUAUACCCUAUGCAUGGACAGAUUGAACUGCAGCCACAGGAGAAAACACUGAUACAGACACUAGGCCAAGACCUGAAGCUCAUAGUUGAGGAGGUAAAGACAGAAGUAGUGCAAUGCGCGCAGGCAAAUGGAGCAUGCAUUGAGUCUAUCCAAGACGUCUCCAGUAGCGAUCUCGAGGAUAAUGACACUGAGGCCACAGCACCCAACUCUGUCGCCGGCGGCACACCAGCACCACCACUCGGCAGCGGACCACAACCUUCGACACCGGACCCGCCGACGCCGGCAAACACAACACCAGAGAAGCCAAAUAAAGGACCCGUAG